AUGGCCCCGGUCCGGGCGGGCGGGAGGAGGGCGCGGCGGCGCUUGGAGAUCCCCGGCCGCCCCCGCCUCCGCGCGCGCGACCUCGGGCGCCGAGAAGUCAGGCGGCGGCGGGGCGGGGCGCCGGGGUCGCCCCGGGCGCGGGACCCGGCCGCGCGGACUGUAGGAGCGCGGGCUGCCGCCGCCGCACCCGCCGGGGAGGGGCCCGGGCUCCGGCCUUUGUCCCGCCCGAGCGCCGGGAGGGCCGCGGGCGCCCCCUCCCGCCGUGCCCCAGCCGCACGGGGACUGGGCGGGGGUCUCCAGCCUGCGCCCGCCCCCUGCCCCGGCCCACCCCGUCGCAGGCUUAUCCCCCGGGGCCUGCCCCAGCGACCCCGAUUGUGCGCGCCCCCCGCCGGCAUCCGCGUGGCCCGGCCCGCGGUCUCCGAGGAGCGGGGGCGCACCCUGUCUCCCGCGCCCCCAAGUGUUCCUCCCGGCCUGGCCCUGGGUCCCGGGCCUCUCACCUGCGCGGUUCCAGUGCUAUCUGCAGCCUCACAAACCCCGACGCACGCGUCCCAAAUCGGGCUAGGCCAACUCCAGCCUCCCUGCGGGGGUCUGGGCAGAGUUUCACAGGGGCGCUGGCCAAAGUCCAAAGCUGCUGGUGCUGCGGCCUCCCUGGGGCCCUGGGAGUCGCCUCUCCGGACCGCGCUGUUCCCUAGGGAUGGAGGCUCUGCGGCCCACACAGGCUGGACAAGCGUCCCGGGCAGCUUGGUCUGGUCGGGCUCUUUGAGGGAGGGGGAUGGCCACUCCCGGAGACGAGCACCUUCGGAGCAGAGGUGCGGCGGCUGCACCCCAGCACAGGACAAGGAGCCGCGAGCCUGGGGUCUUGGCGUGCCUGGCCCCAGCAUGCCACCUGGCAAAGGUGGGAGUUCUGGAAGCUUCCCUCUGCCCUGGGACCAGAAGCCCCCUCCUGCUUCAAGGAAUCUCAUGGGGGCCACCGAGGCGAGAGCCGCCGCCACCGCCACCGCUGAGCGGAUUUGAGCAGAAGCUCCGUUUUCCUUCUGUUCUUGUCUCUCUCUCAAGGU